AUGAAUGGAAGGUACGACGCGACGUCGUCGCGGCCCAAAAUCACGGUGCGACAACUCGACCGAGACCACGCGAAUUUCAUACUCGAGAAUGUCGAUCUCUCGUUUGCCAAUUCGCUGCGAAGGAUCAUGAUUGCCGACAUUCCAACGGUAGCGAUCGAUAUGGUGGAGAUCAGGAACAAUACCACUGUGCUGCCAGAUGAGAUGUUGGCGCAUCGACUCGGUAUGGUUCCGUUGCUUAGCAUGGACUGCGCCAAGGCGCUGGUGGAUCACAGGGAUUGCGCAUGUGAAGACGGUUGCGAUCGAUGCUCAGUCGAACUCACACUGCGCGCGCGCUGCACGACACGCGGUAAUCUCGAGGUGACUUCUCGAGACUUGAUACGUUCGGACACGAUCGAAAACGCAACGAUUUACGAUGACGAUGCAAUGGCCGAACCCGCUGCGCCCAAACAUCCGGAUUUCGGACGUCCCGUCGGACACGAUGGUUCCAUCGCUCCGAUCAUGCUGGUCAAGAUGUCCAAGGGGCAAGAACUCGAUAUUCGGUGCAUCGCACGAAAGGGAUUCGCCAAAGAGCAUGCAAAAUGGUCGCCCUGUUCAGCGGUUGGUUUCGAGUACGAUCCGCACAACGCGCUCCGCCACACCACCUACUGGUACGAAUUCGAUGCUAAGCAAGAAUGGCCCGAAGGACCCAACGCCGAAUGCGAGGAACCGCCGCAGGAAGGCGCGCCGUUCGACUACAACAAGAAAGCCAGCAAGUUCUACUUUGAUGUCGAAGCCAGCGGAAGCAUGCACCCAGCCGAGAUCGUAGAGACAGGGCUGGGAUUGUUGGAGUACAGAGUGGCGCAGAUCGUGCAAGAACUUAGCAUGCUGGACGAUCAACCCGGUGCCGGCGGUGUCGGGCCCAUGGGCAACGGUAUGAUCGACUACGGUGGGCCUGGUGUCGCGAUGGCCAUGAACGGGUACCAGUCGCAGCCUGUAAACCCUUACGAUUGA